CGGCUGUCACUGUAGUGUUUUACUUGUUUUACUUGCAAAAAUGUUUACGCUCGUCCUUCAGUCAUGAUCGCCGGUCAUCGUUGCACACUCAGACACCAAUCCAUAACCCACCUGGCUCCAAUUCUACCGGGAACAUCAAGAUGGGUAAAACUCCGGCGAUUCAUCCGAACCCUAAUGUUGGCUUCACCAGAUCAUCCAGAGACGAAAAACUAUCUCAAGAGCCACACUCAGGUUUCGAACGAAAACAAACGGCAAGUUGGUAGCCAUCCGCCGUACGUGAUUCAUCCAUUCAGUAUCUUCCGACAGUACUGGGAUAUGGUGGUGUUCGUUGCGUUGACCCUUCAUCUGCUCAUGCUGGCGUUCGAUUUUACCUUCUUGAUUUUUCAAGACGAGCACGAGUAUUUGGGAGCUAUACGUUUUGAUUUGCUCUUGUGUGGUGUGCUGAUGAUGGAAGUGAUGCUGAAGUUUAUCACUGGAUUCGUGAUAAAGGAAACCAAUGAGAUCGUUCUGGAGCCGAAAAGGAUCGCCUUAAACUAUUUGAAAUACGGACGAUUGGUUUACGAUUUGCUGCGGGUGAUGCCUUACAUUUUGCUCUUGGAUACUUUCAAUCGAGCCUACUAUCGAUAUUCAGUUGACAUUUAUCUGGCCUUCAUCAUCUACUUGUACACGAUCAACAUCUUUCGAUACCAUGAAAUAUUCAAGUACUUCAAGAUAAUCCCAACAAUCUUACGGAUUGGCGAGAAAAAGAUUCUCCUCAUGAAGCUGGUGAUGAAUACUAUCUACGUGCUGCAUUGGAGUGCUUGUUUGAGAUACAUUCUUCCCGAGCUGACCAUCGUAAUGGAACCGAAGAGCAGCGAAAGUGACGUGUUGGGUUUGUCACGGCAAGGUAUUCAGGAUGAAAAAUUUAGCGUCGGUCAUUUUCUCGUCGAUGUGUAUUGGCGACACUAUCGACAUGAAGAUUUUGUUCACUAUCCAGUAUCACAAGGCCGAAUGAUCGUUGAUCCGCCAAAUUUUGAAAUGUACGUGCGCUAUUAUUUCAAGAAUCGUCCGAUAGAUAAAAGAAUUGUAGAUCGGAACUUCGUUCUGAUGAAGCUUGAUGAUAUCCGCAGGAACGCAACUAUCUUCGAGAGAUACCUGGGCAGUAUGAAGUCUACUGUAAAGAUUUGUCUGCAAGCCGGAAGAGAUGAAGAUGCCGGAUUGCAUUUCAUUAACAAUAUUUUGACUUCGUUUCUUCUGCUGGGCGGUUGGAUUUGGUUCACCUACAUUUUGCUGAGUAUGGUUCGAUUGAUUGUGUCGUCUGAGAUGAGUCAGACAAAGUAUGAGGAGUUUGUGAACGAAAUACGAGCGUAUGCAUUCAACAAACGGCUAAGCGAUGAUUUCAAGAGUAGAAUGCUACGCCAUUUAAACUGUCGGUACAGAAGGCACUAUUUCAACUCUACGGCCAUUUUGAAAACCAUGUCCGAUAACUUGAGAAGAAGCAUACAAAUGGACAAUUGCUAUCAUUUACUCCGAUAUGUGGAGAUGUUUCGAGGUUUACCGAGAGCCAUCAUAGAAGACAUUGUAGACAAUCUGCAUUUUGAAAUUCAUUUGGAAGGAGAUAAACUCAUUGAAGCCGGUACUCAAGGCGAUUCAAUGUUUUUCAUAGCAUACGGAACUGCGGCGGUCUAUUCUGCACAGGGUGUUGAACUGGGCCAUUUGAUCGAUGGCGCUCAUUUUGGAGAAAUGUCAGUAUUGAACAAAGGAAACCAACGGACAGCAACUAUAGAGGCUCUGGAAAACUGUGAGAUCUACAGGUUGACGUACGAAUCUUUUCAAAAACUAAUCGAACCGCAUCCGCAUCUACUGUUAGGAAUGCACAAACUCGCAGAAGAAAGAGUAGCUAAAGCUGAAAGGGAAAGACAAAGUUUACCAGAGUCUGAAGUUUACGAUAAUUUUCUUCAAUAAAUUGAACGGUUUGUGAUUCCCUAAGAACGGUAA